UGCUGGAGCGGCACUAGAUGCUGUCCUGUCCCAUCCUCAGAUCACACCCAACGGGGCUGCAGCGCACCGCUCCUCCGGCACCAACACCAUGACACCCAGAUUCAAAGCCGCAAUCUGAGCCGCACCGAGGACCGGACCGGACCGGCGGAGGACCGUGGAGCACGGACCCGGACACGGACACGGACACAUCCGCGCACACACACAUAUACACACAAACACGCGCGCGCACACACACUGGUUUACACGAAUAUUGCAGCGAUCAGCAGCCACACACACACACACACACACACAUACACGGAGACGGGAACGCCAUCCGAGGCGAACUCCACUGCGCCGCGGAAUUGCGCUUUUCGCUCCAGUGACGCGUCCCGUUCGGACACCAGCAAGAGAAAUUACUCUUACCGCGUGUCGCCUCACGCCAAAAAAAAAAAAACAAGACGAACAUGUCAUCAUCGGGCAAGGACGCCAACAGCGGGCAUUACGCCAACUAUGUGGGACCGUACCGCCUGGAGAAGACGCUGGGCAAAGGACAGACAGGUCUUGUGAAGCUGGGGGUCCACUGUGUCACGUGUCAGAAAGUUGCCAUAAAGAUCGUCAACAGAGAAAAGCUCAGCGAGUCUGUUCUCAUGAAGGUGGAGCGGGAGAUAGCCAUUCUGAAGCUCAUAGAGCACCCCCACGUUUUAAAGCUGCACGACGUCUACGAAAACAAGAAAUACCUGUACCUGGUGCUAGAGCAUGUAUCCGGUGGGGAGCUUUUUGACUACCUGGUGAAGAAGGGCCGGUUAACACCUAAAGAGGCCAGAAAGUUCUUCAGACAGAUCAUCUCAGCUCUGGACUUCUGCCACAGCCACUCCAUAUGCCACAGAGAUUUGAAGCCUGAGAACUUGUUGUUAGACGAGAAGAACAACAUCAGGAUAGCAGACUUCGGCAUGGCGUCUCUGCAGGUCGGGGACAGUCUGCUGGAGACCAGCUGCGGAUCCCCACACUACGCCUGCCCAGAGGUUAUCAGGGGGGAGAAGUACGACGGGAGGAAAGCCGACGCGUGGAGCUGUGGAGUCAUCCUGUUUGCACUUUUAGUGGGCGCUUUGCCGUUCGAUGACGACAACCUGAGGAACCUUCUGGAGAAGGUGAAGCUGGGAGUUUUCCACAUGCCUCACUUCAUCCCUCCGGACUGUCAGAACCUUCUGCGCGGUAUGAUCGAGGUGGACGCCGGCAAGAGGCUGACGUUAGAGCAGAUCCAGAAGCAUACGUGGUACCUAGCUGGAAAGAACGAGCCGGAGCCGGAGCAGCCGGUCCCCAGGAAAGUGGCCAUCAGGAUGUUGGCUCUGGCCGAGGAGAUCGACCCCGACGUCCUGGAGAGCAUGCACUCCCUGGGCUGCUUCAGAGACAAGGACAAGCUGACCAAAGACCUGCUGUCUGAAGAGGACAACCAGGAGAAGAUGAUCUACUUCCUGCUGCUGGACCGGAAGGAGAGAUACCCCAGCCAGGAGGACCAGAACCUUCCACCACGCAAUGAAAUCGUAGACCCCCCCAGGAAGCGCGUGGAUUCGCCCAUGCUGAGCCGCCACGGGAAGCGGAGGCCGGAGAGGAAGUCCAUGGAGGUGCUGAGCGUGACGGAGGGAGGGUCGCCGGUGCCGGUGCGACGGGCCAUCGACAUGGCCACACACGGACAGAGCAAAUCUGUUUUCAGUAAAAGCUUGGAUAUCACAAACGCUAACUGCAGCAAGGAGGAAAGGUCGCGGUCGAUCAGCGGAGCGUCCUCUGGUCUGUCCACCAGUCCUCUCAGCAGUCCCAGGCCCAACCGGCGGUUCUUCAUCCCGCCCCAGUCCCCCGACCUGUGUCAGUCCCCCAACUGCAGCCCCACCCGCUCCCCCGAGGUCCGCCUCAACGGGGUGGGGCCGCGCACGCCCAACUCCUACCAGCCAAAGAUGGGGUCCCCCCUCAUGCACCCCCGCACGCAGACCCUCCCCGCCAAGCCCAAAGUGUCUGACAAGCCCCUGCAGACGACCAGGUCCAACCCGCUCCCCAACAUGGCCCAGACCCCCUCCACGCCCAAGUCCGAGCCGUCCACGCCCAGCCAGCCCCUGGCUCCCUGCCUCCCAAACAGCCCGCGGGUGAGGCGCCACCCUCCCCUCACCGUGCCCCCCAAGCUGUCCAUCCCCCUGUCCCCGGUGCCCCCUAUGACGCCCCUCCGCCGUCACCGCCUGCACCCUGACCACAACGGCAAAUCUGUCCCCAUCACACAGGUGACCCCUCACCCCUCCCCCAGAGGGAGCCCCCUCCCCACCCCCAAAGGCACCCCGGUGCACACGCCCAAGGACAGCCCGGCCGGCACGCCCAGCCCGACGCCGCCGCCCAGCCCGUCCAUCGGCGGCAUGCCCUGGAGGACGCGCCUCAACUCCAUCAAGAACAGCUUCCUGGGCUCGCCGCGCUUCCACCGCAGGAAAAUGCAAGUUCCCACCCAGGAGGACAUGUCCAGCCUCACCCCAGACUCCUCUCCAGAACUGGCUAAGAAGUCGUGGUUCGGGAACUUCAUCAACCUGGAGAAGGAGGAGCAGAUCUUCAUCGUGAUCAGAGACAAACCUCUGAGCUCCAUCAAGGCCGACAUCGUCCACGCCUUCCUCUCAAUUCCCAGCCUGAGCCACAGCGUCAUCUCUCAGACCAGUUUCCGGGCGGAGUACAAGUCCACGGCCGGCCCCACGGUUUUCCAGAAGCCCGUCAAGUUCCAGGUGGACAUCACCUACACCGAGAGCACCAGCGCCACCAAGGAGAACGGCAUCUACUCCGUCACCUUCACCCUGCUCUCAGGUCCCAGUCGGCGUUUUAAACGUGUGGUGGAGACCAUCCAGGCCCAGCUGCUCAGCUCCAACGACCAGCCCGGCAUCCAGCCGCAGAUCUCUGAUGGUUCUCAGCGCUCAGCUCCUUUGCCCAGUAAAUCCUCCAAGCGUGGCAGCCCAUUGAGUAACUUCUUUGACGUAAUUAAACAGCUUUUUUCAGACGAGAAGAACAUCCAAGCGUCCCACUCCCCCGGCGCCCCCGCCACGCCUAGCUCCCCCACCAAGCAUGCUCCCAGCAGCAAGCCCAACCAGCCCCCGCCCAAUGACUCUAAAUGCCCCCCCGGCAAAGACAAAACAAAGAUGGCCGCCAGCAACAGGACACAGGAUCAACCUUAAGGAGGCGGUAGCUGUGCAUGACUAGACGUGACGAGAGCAGUAAUCAGGUCAUUAAAGACGAGAGACGGCUGCUAACUUUAGUGACCUUUAGUUAGGAGUGAGAAUCAAAUCUACUUUUUGCCUAUACAUUUUGUACUGUAUAACGGGAAUGGCUAUUUCAGUUUAAAAGUCGAUCAGUAUUUUACAAUAAGUAGCAAAUGUAGCUUUGUCGUCCCUCCCCCUGUGUCCCCUUCUCUGUGUCCUUGGGGGUCUUUCGGUGGGUGUGUGUCCUCCUCACAUGUGUGAUGGCUUGACUUGUCUCUGCCACCAGGGAUCAUCCAUAAUAACUAUUAACCUCGUGGGGUGGGGGCCCCUGCGAGACCGGCCGACAGCGGCCCCGCUCACGGCCCCGACCGACAGAGUCCGAAUCUGAAGAAAAGACAGAGGAACCCUUCCCCAAACUCACCCACAAACAAAUCAGCCCCCCGACCCCCCCAACCCCGAACCACGACUCCCCUCCUCCUCCUCCUCCUCUUCGAGUCCUUCCUCCCGGCCGCAUCAGUAGAGUCCAGCUCGCCCCAUCCAGACCAAACGCAGCGUCAUCUCAGAAGAGUUGUACAAAAAGAAAUAAAAAAGAAAAAGAGAAAAGCCUUAAGACAGUGAUGUUUGUCGAUCUACACACACAUCCCCUCUCCUCCCACCUCUUUCUUCCACUUCUGCCACAUGUACAUAAAAAAAACAAAAAAAAAAAGAGACACUCAUGACUUCUUUGUGGGAUGUAAAUGACUGGAAACAGCAUCAGGAUGAAGGAGCUGUGGAAGAGACGGACAGAAGGACGGACGCUGGCUGGAUUGUAAUUCCUUUUAACGUCGUGUUUCUUUGUGAACGGCAGAUUUUUUUCGAGCUCGCUCUGUGGCGUUUCUGUAAAUGGUUUCUUGCAGUUAAAGGUCGCCCAUAAAAGUAUGAUAAAUGGGGGGGAAGGGGUGGGGGGGGUAAUAUUGGUAAUAUUAUAUAAAUGAAUGAUCUAUUCUGUUGUACAGGCUAAAUAAUGUUGCGUUUGUACAAAAAAGAAAAAAAGAAGAAAAAAAAAAGAAACAGUCGUAGUUGUGACAUUAUGUUCUAGAGUUGUUGUUGCCAUGUUUUAGUUUUGUGUUCCUGUGAAGGCGCGGUCACACCAGCACGUCUAACGGCUCAUUUUAAAACCAACAGAUUUACGUCGACUUAGAGCUCAAGAAUCCAAAGUAGAGGAUGCUAUCGUAGCUUGUUAGCCGUCCGUCGUUUUGUAUUUAAGCUCCAAAUAAGCCUGAAUGAAUUCAACUUGGCCAUUAGCAACCGAGCUAACGGGACCAUUAGUAAACUAGCUAGCUUCGUAUUUUUCCACUUCUAUAACGCAUCGUGUAAUUUAAAUAUGUGCGACCAAAUACCCGAGGAAGUGGAGAGCCUAGUACGGGGAAAAAGUAGGAAGAAGCUCAAAAAGCUAGCUUGGAUUUUGUGUUAGCAUGUUCUUGCUAGUUAGCAUGGUAGCCGUUAACAGUGCGGAUGAAUUUGGCUGUGCCACUUUCUGGUGUGACCAGGCCUCCGAUGAUGACAUGUUUUCAUUUUGCACUUUUAAAAGAUCUGGGUUUACUUACAAAAUGUUGUUUUUUCAUUUUAAAUCUUUUUUUUUGUUGUCGUUGUCGUCGUCGCCGUCGUUCAGGUUCCUUUCGAAUUUUCUGCAGGUUUCAGACGAUAUUGAACUGCUGUGUAUAUUUUUGUACUGUCAUUUGUUAUGUCGUUAAUUUAUUAUCUGUUAUUUAUAUGAAAGAUGUAGAGAAUGUUUCUUAAUGUCAAAUUAUUUAAGGAUAUUUUUGUCAUGUUUUAAGUUAUUCGAUCACUGAGAAAUGAAAACGUUUUGUGAGCGUUUGUUCCUUUUUAUUUUUCCCGCCUUUUUUGACGAGAGAAACCUUGUAAUAUACGUUUUGGGGGGAGGGGGGGACAAAAAAAAUGAUUUACCGUAAUUUAAGAAUGUAGACUUAGCCUCUUUGAGAUGAACAAAACCUUUGUUUUUAAAUGUCGGCUCCUUCUCCCCAGCCCCCGCCGCCCCUGUACGUAUGGAGACUGAGAACUCAGCAAACACUCAUCCUGUAAAUAAGCCGAGUUUUACCGACAAGCUUAUUUAAAAAACCAAGGGGAUUCCUACUCUUAGCUUUGACCUCGUACGGUUGUUUGCAUGUUCAGCAUUCGUCUUUUCUUUGCAUGUUGUCGUUGGAAUUGUUCUCUUGUUCCCUUUUACUCUCCACACUUAUUUAUGUAGUUCUGUUCUUUAUGUGCAUUUUGCUUUAAUUUGCCUUUUUUUUUUAUUAUUUUACCAACUUCUCCAUCCUCUUUUUCCCUCUUCCUCCUUUUUUUAUUUUAUUUUAUUUUUGGAUUACUGUAGGCACACAGUAACCGUGCAAUGUAUCCUCCUUAUUCAUUCUCUCAAAGAGGGACCUCGCUGGCGAUCGGGUCGCUCACUCAGACCAGCUGGGUGCGGCGUUGGGUUAUUAUCAGAGAGAAAAAUUAAAGCAAUACCUUUCAUUGUUCGCUUUCCUCUUUUUCUACUGUGGGAAUCCAGAGCACACAAAAUGGACUCGGAGCACGGAGCGCUACUACUGAGCAGGAUAACCACUGGCAAUGUAUUCCCUCGUGAUGUUACUGUGAACAACUUCAGUGCUAAAGGAAAUAAAUCUGUUGACUUUGGA